CAAAAAAGUGAGAAGAUGUUUGGCCAUCCGUUCGAAAGUAUUGUUGCUCUGUCAGAUUUUGCCCAAAAUGUGCAUUUUGCUGGCGAUCUGGUUUGCAAGGUAGAAAUAGAUGGGAAAUAUAUGCUCACCUAUGCAACCCCAUAUGAUGCUGAUCAUGCCGUCGAAUCUGUUUCCAUUUCCGAAACUCCAGCACCAGAUGUGGAGGAGGAUGAAGAGGAUGAGAAGAAAGGAAGGAAGAAGAAGGAAAAGAAAAGGACUAAAAAAAUAAAAAAGAAGGCACUGCCGAUACACAACUUUAGAAUGUGA